AAAUUUUCCUCUAAACAAAAAUGUUCAAAAUUUUGUGCAAAUACUUCUAUUAUUCGAUAUUGGUGGGUAUAGGAGCUAAUUUAAUGGGAUUAAUAAGCGUAUCGGAUGCUAAUAGGGAUAUGAAUCCAUCCGCUGGGAAAGACAAAAAACCUGGAUCAUUGUCUUCAACUAACUCCGGUGAUUCGCUUAACAAGGCUAUAAAAGUAACCGGAAAUAGAGAUCACUCCAAGGAUAGCAAGGAUAAUAGUGAUACUACAGUAAAGUCCCGCAUAACAUUUACUAAAUCUACAAAACUAGUGACCUCAAAGCCUGAAAAUGCUAAACAAACCAAUCAUAGUUCUCGUGAAACCAAAAAAACACGGGGCAAUUAUUACCACGCGCCCACAACAAUCCCCGACCAGAUACAUGAGGGAGGAGAAAUUGUCUCAUCGCCGUUUCUGAUAGACAACAACGUAUUAGCGGAAUUCGAAUCUAUGAGAUCACCCUACAUAGGCGCCUUUCUCAAGUUCUUAGCGGAGCAAUAUGAAGAUGUCCACGAUUAUCCCAAAAACAUGUGCGGAGAUCAUGCCUGCGUACCGUGGAAAGUAAUUUGCAGAAAUAACUUUUACGAAGUCAGAAGAUAUCCCAACGUCACCACGAUUAGGAGUUCGUCAACUGGAAUGGAAUACAUCAAAGAUGGAUUGAACUCUCCUAUAACUAGAAUUUUUCGUUAUUUCAUGGGUGAAAAUGAUAGAAACAUAAUCAUGAAUAUGUCGGUUCCGAUAUUUAUUCAUCCGCUUAACAAAACAACGAGUGAUAAUAAACAACUCUUUAUGGAACUUUUGAAUGGAGGGGAAGGCCCCUUAGUCACUGCAGACAUAUAUCCUCCUUACAAUCUCGAUCCUCCCAAGCCAACUAACCCAAUGCUUAAAAUAGGGAGAAUAAAUUCACCAGUUUCUUACCAUAGGAUGUUUGGCGGAUAUGCCUUCCCCACAACCUUCGUUUCCAAGGCUAAAGAAUUCCUCAACAUUUUGCGGUUAAACAAGCAAAACGUGUCUUCCCAACCCUAUUUCCUGACCUAUAAUUACCCCAACAAACUUGUCGAUAGGCAUAACGAGAUUUUGUUUAAAUUAGACAAUUUCGAUCCACAAGGAAAAUACUGUUGAAAUGAUAUGAUAUUAUGUAAUAGGUACCGCCAACCAUCUAAAAAAAAAAUAUUCACAUGAGUAAAAUAAUUUGAUAAUUAUUUUAUUCUAUCAAAUUUGUAACUUUUCAUUGUUAAAUUAUUAUAUAUAUAUAUAUAUAUAUAUCAUUCAUUUAUCUCUAUAUGACGAUUUUCCCAUUAUAAUUAUUAUUUAUAAGAUAUCUCUUGACUUAAAAUCAAAUGCUUUUGUAGAAUGUUGUGUAUUUUUUGGAGAAAAAAUCACACUUUUUAGACAUCAAUUUUAAAAAAUGAUUAUAAUUUUCGAUUACAAUAAAUAUUAUAUUACGAUUAUUUAUAUCUCAUUUGCAAGAUAAAUAUUACGUUGUUAGUGUAUUUCUUUUUUCAGUAUUUCUUUGUGUAUCCAAUAUUUUCAUUUAAAUUCCGUUGAUUAAAAUUUAUAAAUUUCAAAAUCAUUUUUUAUAGAUAAUAUUAUAAAGUAAUUUCAAUAACA